AUGAAGGCGCGAGGGGCGGCAGCGGGCAGCUGCCGGUGCAAUGCGUUUGCAUUGGCAUCCUUAAUAAAGGACGCCCCUCGAUAUCGCUUGCGUCCUUCCUUUUCCUUCCUUUGGUUCCUCCUCGUCACCUUGCCAUGCUUUCAAGCCACAACACCAGCAGCUGCGUCCUGCCUCCCCGCCCUUAUCCCCCAACGGAUGGCUCUGUGCGGUAGCAGGUGCGCGUCCAUGGCUUCACACAGCAGAGGCUCCCCAGUAGCCUGCAUUGGCUUUCCCGUCGCUUCCAUGCAGGACCUUUGGAGGCGACUCUGGCGGCGAGAGCCAGCAGCUGCCGUGGCUCGAGCAGCAGCAGCUACUGCAGGAUCAGAGGAGAAGGCUACCGCGAAAACGAAGAAGGAAACGGAGGCGAAGCGGGGAUAUGCGGAUCUUCUCUAUGAAGACUGGCAGAGCGACGCGCCGCAAAGCAGGCAACAAGCAACACACUUCAGCAACCGAGAGGGUGAGGAAGAAUCAACAGCAUCAUCUUCAUACGCGUCUUCUGAAUCGUCAGCAUCGCCGGACUCUACUACAGCCGAACCAUUACUCUCCGAAGGGUCGAUGGGCUCGGCAGCAGCGGCGGCAGAGGAAGUUCGGGCUGCAGCACGUUGGUUUGAACAUCAGCGCGGCAUGUGGCGAAGCAAAACAGCGGCGAAAAUCCAGGUGCAACUGGAGGCUCUUGUAAAGGCACAAGAGACCGCAAGAGAAGAGCAGAACAGGCGACAGAAGCCAAACAGACCACGGCGUCUCGUCUUCUCUCCCCCAUCGCUCAAAGAGCGAGGUUGGCUGGCAGCCAGAAGCUGCAAGGCUGGGAAAAACCCUCUAUCGUGCAUCCUCUAUGCAGCAACCCCCCCCGGGCGUCUCGCUGUUGCCCCGGCGAGCUCAAUUAGUGCCGCCACCGACAAGAGCGAUAUUCCUUGGGUUUCCUUCUCCGGCCUGGCUCGUUUGAACCGCACAGAGCCUUUGAGGGCCAAGGCGCUUUGGUUCGGCCAUCAGGCGCCAGAAUUCGCCUCUUUCUACGAAUCCGCGCCUCCUCAUGUGUUGCUACUGCGUUUUUUGCUGGACCAGAAGCAUGCCAUUCCGUGUCUACUGGCAGCAGCAUGCUGCGGUUCAGCGUUUGUCGCGAGGGCCAAGUUGUCUCGCCUCUUCGUGUCCUUCAUCCUCUCUUCCACUGUAUGGAGUCGGUACUCCCUUUGGUCACCACUUGUGCAUGCACCCCCCGCUCUAGCGCUCUUGCUGCUGCGCCUCAUGCUUCAGGGCGCAGUGGCUGCUGGGGGGGCGGCAACUGCUGCUUGUAGAAGAAGUUUGGAAGAGUUGGAGGCGGCGCUUCUUGAAUCUGCGAUCGAAAGCAACUUUCCUAAUGAAGGUCUGGACGAGAUUCUGGCCACAGCUAGUCAUCCAACUAGCAAUAAAUAA